UGUCAUGGAUUGUGCACUAACCAUGUUUUGCGGUAUGCAAAAUUCUACCGCUGCGUUUUCUACCUGUGUUCUGCCCUAUGGGGCCACCGUCAGCCUUGCUCCACGCGGUGCCCAGGUCAGGGAUAAGGAGCUCCAUCUACCGGCAGGUCGGCACGCAACACGCAGUCCACCAGCACCCAGCUCGUGUGUGAGUCACUGAGUCGUCGCUUAGUCAUGCCGACGGUAAAUAUCGUAGAGGUCGACCACGUGGUCGCGUCCGUGCCACCACCGGAAGACCUGGUAGUCCGGCUAUCCGCGCUGGACGCGCCGUGGGUCGCCAACCCGCUAAUCCAGCGCGUGCUCCUCUUCGAUGACGCCGGCGGGCAGCAGCACCCGCCCUUCGACUCGCUCGUCGGCUCCCUCCGUGCGUCCCUCGCGUCCACGCUCGCGCGGCUCCCCCCGCUCGCCGGGAGGAUCGUCUUCCUGCCGUCCACCGGCGACGCCGCCAUCGACUGCACCGGCCGCGAGGGAGGCGGCGUGCGGUUCGCCGUCGCGGAGAGCGACGACGCGGACGCGCGGCGGCUCGCGGGGGACGCGGACCACGACGUGGCCGCGUUCGAGGCGCUCGUCCCGAAGCUCGAGGUGGGCGCGCUCCCCGCGGAGGUGCUGGCCGUGCAGGUCACGCGGCUCAAGGGCGGGGUGGCGGUCGGCGUGGCGCUGCACCAUGCCGUGGCCGACGGCCGGUCGGUGUGGAUGUUCCUGCAGGCGUGGGCCGCGGCCUGCCGCGGCGAUGACGCUGCCGUGGCUGCCGUGGCGUUUGACCGCGCGGUGGUCGCCAUCCCCGGCGGCGAGGAGCUCGCGAGGAGCACGCUGCGCAAGUAUGCGCCCAAUCUGCCGCUGGCCGCCAACCUGUUCCCCAGCGCUCCAAUUAAACUCCCUCGUCGGACGUUCACCAUCACCGCGAAGCACAUCCACCACCUGAAACACUGGAUAUCCGGCCAGAUGACCUCCGGGAAGGCGGCCACCACGCCCAUGUCGUCCAGCUUUGUAGCCAUAGCGGCGCUCGCCUGGGCGUCCUUCGUCCGGUCCAAGCACCCGGCCGCCAUCUCCUCCGACCACGACGUCUACCUCUUCUUCUUCAUCGACUGUCGCGGGAGAGCUGGCAUCGACCCUCCCGUGAGUGAGAACUACUUUGGGACGUGCAUCACCGGGUGCCUCGUCAAGGCCAUGGCACGGGACCUCCUCGCGGCUGACGGUGUCGCAGCGGCGGCGGCGGCGAUACAGCGGGAGGUCCGACGAGCAUCCGAGGACCCGCUCGGCCUUUGGGACUGGAUGGACAUUGUGUCGUGGGUGCCACUCGACAGAUUGGUGGGUAUGAACGGGUCCACGCGGUUCAAGGCGUACGAGGUGGCCGACUUUGGGUGGGGCGCACCGAGUAGGACGGAGCUGGUCACCAUGACCGACGGGCGGGUGGUGUUGGUCGCCGGCAAGAGCGGCGGAGUGCAGGCGUCCGUGUGCAUGCACCCGGAUCACGCGCGCUCGUUCAACUCUCACUUUCUUGAUUCUCUAGGUUGACUCAUGUGUAUGCAGCAUCGUUGGCGGCACCUCGGCGCGACGGUACUAUGGGGGUGUUUCUUUCCAGGGACUUUUUGGUGUAGGGACUAAAAAAAAUCUUUUUUAGUUCCAUGUGAAAGAAAGGGGGGACUUUUAGGGACUAAAAGGGGUAUUUGGGACUAAAGGAAGAAGUCCCUAUGGGA